AUGUUUAAAAAGGUCCUUCCAUCUCGCCGCACUACCACAUCGGAUGAAUCCCCGUUUGAAAUUGUGACUCCGGCGCCCUCGAGUGACCGUCGGGAUGGAAAGGAGAACGUACCCCAGGCGCAGGGCCAACGAGCUGGAGCCGAUGGAUCUAAAUCUUGGUACGGCUCUAGUCGGAUGAGUGUGGAUAUGAAGCCUCGAGAUCGCAAAAAGUCAUCCGCAAAAGCAGCAGCACAAUUAGAGCCACAAAUGACAGGUGGUACUACGAAUGUUGCAUUCGAACGUAUGCUAGAUGAUCUCCAGAUUCCGUCUACUGUGCGUGUGAAACUUACGACCCUGGAAACACCCGUCAAGGCUGCUAUGCUACGUUCAUCCCAUGUUCUCGGUACUGCUCCUCCUCCUGCCCCUGCAACCCCUCCGAGCUUACGACGAACGCGGAGCAACGAGUCUUUGGCAUCUCCGAAGCCAUUGUUUGGACUGAACGCUGCCACAGCAUCCAAUGAAGAACUAUCUGUGCCACGCCCCGCAUUCCUGGCCGACGAAUUUCCUAGACGGUCGCUUGAUUCUUCUGAUCCCACUUCAAGUCCGUCGCGACAUACCCGCGGGUCAUCUUUGGAUCUCCCUCGCUCGAACUCGCUUGCGGACUUGGCCAUCUCCAAGAAGGACAAGGAUAAUAAAGACCUGGACAAGCUUAAAUCAAAGAAUAUCAAACAGAAAGGCGUGGAGCGAGAUAUAAUCUCCCCACAAAAGUUCGGACAGAUUUUGGCGACCACCAAAUCGGUUGAGCUCGAAUUGGAGACUGUCAAGAAACUCAGAAUUAUGCUGCGAAAUGAGGCUGCAAGUUGGUCCGAAGAUUUCCUAAGAAUGGGGGGCUACUCUGCGCUAAUGUCACGUCUUCACGAACUUCUUGAAAUGGAAUGGAGAGAGGAAUCGCGUGAUGAUCCUCUCUUGCACGAAAUCCUACGUUGUUUCAAAGCACUUUCCACUUCAUCGAUUGGGUGUUUUGCGCUUCGAUCCUCGGCGCCAACCCCAUUUGUCCAACUAGUUUCUCUGCUCUAUUCGGACAAGAAGCCUGGUGACAUCGGCUCUCGCCAGCUGAUUGUCGAGUUGCUCUUGAUCUUAUUCGAAAUCUAUCCACCACCUCCACGAACACGAGAGAGAUCCAAUUCGUCCAGCACAGGCACCCCUUCCUCUCCACCUCCACAAUACACGCUUCCGGCUCCGCACACUACACUCUAUGGCCUCAUCCGUGCAUUGCUCCUCACGCCCGCUCCCCUUCCAUCCGAAUCUCCCAGUGCACCCAUCUCACCGCAUGCAUUUAUUGAAUCCCUUCGCACUCCAAGAAUAUACAAGACAUAUCUUCAAGAAUUGAGUGAUGUGUGCCGAGACUACUUCUGGGUUUUCUGCCACCCAGGAAAUACCAUCUGGGCUCUCUCGAAGGUGGAUGAGGCCAAAGUCGAACGACCACGAGCACCAGGCGGAAUGACUGGUGGCGUGGAGUAUGAGGCUAUGACUUACCUCACUACCCAUCUACGCCUAGUCAACGCCAUUUCACGCAUUGCUACAGAUCAACAACUUUCUCCUUCAGACGAAAUGUCUGCACACAAAUUCCAUUCGGAUUUGUUUGCGUCUGGAUUUGAGCGUAUACUCGCCACCGCUCGCAAGGCCUCGACGGCAUAUUACCCGACCCUACACUUGGAAAUCUCACGCUACGUUCAGCUCACCCAAGAAGCCCACUUUGAGCUUCCAUGGACUCUUGCACGGAUGGUCGGGAACCCACCUUCGGGCAUGAUCAAACCGACCGAUGCUCGAUCUGGGUCAAGCAGCCGUUCCGGAACUCCAGCCGGCCCACGUCCGCCUCUGCCGAUGCCCAACUUCAAGUAG